UGAUUGGUCCCCCUUCCUAAUAUGGAUGAUGAAAACUGACUAUUAGCUGCUUUACCGGCAUUCUUUUUCACACGACGCAAACAUCCACCGAUUCAGUUCAGACAUCUCUACGAUAUCUGCGAAACAACUCCGAAAUUUUGGUGAGAGUUUGGAUAAUGAAUUCCACAGUCGUAAUAAACGUUUCAGAAUGUUUUAUCAAGCCGUUUGGCCCAGCUCAAGAGUCCAAUCGAAUAUGCAAUUUAACUCCUUGGGAUAUUGGCAUGCUGUCUAUGCAUUACAUCCAGAAGGGUCUACUCUUCAAGAAACCUGCAACACUUGUUGAUCGACAAGAUUUCAUAGAGAAUCUGUUGGAGAAGCUCAAGCACUCUCUUUCUCUCACCCUCUUCCAUUUUUAUCCAUUGGCAGGCCACCUUGUCACAAACAAAGACCCUUCCUUUUAUACUAUUUUCGUUGAUUGCAACGACAGUCAUGGAGCUAGAUUCAUCUAUGCAACUUCGGAUUUGACAAUAUUUGACAUACUCUCCCCUGUUGACGUCCCAGCCGUUGUUCACUCGUUCUUUGAUCAUCACAAAGCGGUCAACCAUGAUGGUCACACCAUGCCUCUGUUGUCCGUUAAAAUCACUGAACUAUUGGAUGGUGUUUUCAUAGGCUGUUCUAUGAACCACGCCAUAGGCGAUGGAACAUCUUAUUGGAAUUUCUUUAAUACAUGGUCUGAGAUCUUUCAAGCUCAUGCUCAAGGCCAUGAAUACGGUGUUCCCAUUUCACGCCACCCCAUUCAUAACCGGUGGUUUCCUGAUGGUUGUGAUCCUUUAAUCAAUCUUCCCUUUAAACAUCACGACCAGUUUAUUCGCAGAUUUGAAACACCCCAGCUGAGAGAGAGAAUCUUCCAUUUUUCAGCAGAGUCAAUUGCAAAACUGAAAGCAAGGGCUAACUCAGAGUCCAAGACCCCCAAAAUCUCUUCGUUCCAAUCCUUAUCAGCUCAUGUAUGGAGAUGCAUAACACGCGCUCGUCAGCUGCCACAUGAUGAGGUAACUAGCUGCAAAUUGGCCAUGAAUAAUCGAGCAAGAAUGGAGCCGCCUCUGCCACAUGAAUACUUUGGAAACUGUAUUAGUGUGGUGAGUGCGGGGACAACAGUAGGGGAAUUGCUGGAGAAUGAUCUAGGAUGGGCUGCAUGGAAGGUGCGCCAGGCCGUUGCAAACCAAAACGACGGAGCAGUGCGACACGCGGUGAAAGAGUGGUUACAACGCCCUGUGGUGUACCAACUUGGUGUGCACUUUGAUUCGCGUAGUGUGACGAUGUCAAGUUCGCCCAGGUUUGACAUGUAUGGGAAUGAAUUUGGGAUGGGAAAAGCUGUUGCAGUUCUGAGCGGAUAUGCCAACAAAUUUGAUGGGAAUGUGACUUCAUAUCCAGGAUCUGAAGGAGGGGGAAGCAUAGAUUUGGAAGUGUCCCUUUCGCCCGAUGCAAUGAGCUUACUAGAAUCGGAUGAGGAGUUUAUGGAAGCUGUUUCUGUGGCCAAUUCCCUACACCGGCGACUUUGUUGAUCUUGUUCAGCGGAUGAUCAUUAAAAAUAAGGUAACAUGUACAAGAGUAGAUAAUUCAUGUUUUUCGACAGGACAUUUUAUACACCAUCAUAUCUGUUUCGCUUACUCUGCACAUGAAUCGGAAAUGUUUAAAUGAUUUUCAUCUUAGCCAAACUUGAAAGGCUCCAAAAUAUGUUGGCCACGCAAUUAUUUUAUGUAAAUAUAGAAAAGUACGUGUUGAUUCAGUGGUGAAGAUCGUGGUUGGUUUGGUUUUUGAUGGAAAUCCUGUUGAACAUAAAUGAUGAUAGACUCUGAUGGACUCUUCUAAAUUUUAUUUAUAUAUAUUAA